AUGAAGAUAGUCGCCAUGCCCGCCGUCGGACCCAAGAUGUUCUCGCCAGUGUCCAUCCCGCGCAGCAUCAAUUGCCGCUUGACAUUUCGCAUCACUGGGAUGUCGCAUCGCGGUCCAGAACCCUUGGCUUCACUCCUCAACACGCGGUGCCCAUCCCGAGACGCUCGAAAUCCUCCUUCGACAGGCGUAUCCUAUCACCGGGCCCUCAAUACGUCCUCGCAAUGGCGGUCGGCUUCGCAGACAGCAGACAAGGAAAAGUACUGCGAACCAUCGGUUGAGCGUAACAUCGAACAUUGCGGCUACGAAAAAUGGGGCUUCAUCAUCUACCGGACAACAUACGACGAAGUAUCGGCCCGCCCCUGGGAGGCGUUCAAGGACCGCGUACUGCGCGACGUGCGCCGCUCCAUUCUCGAGUCUGACACCCCAGAGAUCCUAGACAACAUGGACUUUGUCUUCGUCGAGGACCCGGCCCUAGAAGGCGCCUCUGUCGGGAGCCUGCAGCGCCGCUUCCGAGCCUGGGUCCGGGAGGAAAACAUGGUGCCUUAUUUCAUAGACGAGGAAAAAAAUGAGAGAGUGUACGAGCCGCGCGGAGCGCGGCACGAGUUCUUCAUCGUCGUGGACGACACCGCGCUGCAUGGCUCCCACGUCAGUCUUGUGUGCGGCUUUCCCGAGGACAGCGAGGAGGAGGGUCGCGAGCACGAUAAGAUCUGGCACCACGUCAUCGGAACCAAGCUAUACGACAAGCUGGGCGACAUCCACGCCCCUUGGACAGGGGACUAUUACAGGUGUUUGUCGACAUACAUGAGAGCUCAGGGCUAUUGA